AUGAGUUGCGACGGUUUGGUCUGCACCCCCGAAGAAGAGUGUGUAAACGUUUUGAACCCCUCGACGGGACAACUCCAGCGGUUUCAUUCCCCUCCCCUCGUGAGCCGCCGCACUAACUCCACGUUUACGAACGGAACAUGGACGACUUAUUUCCCCGGGUAUUAUGCGAUGGGAUUCGGUAGAGAAAAGAUCAAAGGUCACUACAAAGUAGUGAGGAUAUCCGGUGAUCCUAACUAUAGCGACACUCUUGAUGUCAGCACUUUGGAAACCACGUCGUUACAAGUAUACUCGAUACUAGCCUUGGAUCUCCACACGGAAAAGUUCCAUUACGUUAAACAUCCGCAUCUUCCCAAAGGCAUCGUGCUUGAAGCACAGAUUGUCAACGUUGGUGAUCGUCUAGUCAUAGCCAUGUCCGAAAGGGAUUAA